CUGAGUUGUUGCGUUGUUGAUGACCUCUCCGACUAAGGAAGCGACGGUAAGGAUCGAGCCAUGAUGGCUGCGCGCCCCGCGCCCCCGUGGCUUCUGCUGUUGGUGACGGUCGCCCUGCCGCAGAGCUGCUUCGGCGCCUCCUCCCACUCCCUGAAGUAUUUCUCCACCUCCAUCUCGGACCCCAGUCAGGGGGAGCAGCCCCACUUUGUUGCUGUGGGGUACGUGGAUGAUCAGAUCUUCGUUCACUACGACAGCCACAGCCAGAGGAUGAAGCCUCGAGUCUCCUGGAUGGAGAAGGUGGGGAAGGAGGAUCCCAAAUACUGGGACAGAAACACCCAGAAUGUACAUGACGAUGAGGAGUGGUUCAGAGUAAGCCUGGGGAACCUGAGGAUUCGCUACAAUCAGAGCGAAGGCCUUCAUACACUGCAGGGGAUGUAUGGCUGUGAACUCUGCAAAGACGGGGCCAAGGACGGGUUUUUCCAGUAUGGCUACGAAGGGAAGACCUUCAUCACCUUCGACAAGGAGACCCUCAUCUGGGUGGCUCCCGAUCCCCAGGCCCAGAUCACCAAGAGGAAAUGGGACGCUAUUCCAGGAAAGAAUGAGAGAGAUAAGUCCUACCUGGAGGAAAUCUGCAUUGAGUGGCUGAAGAAAUACCUGUCCUAUGGGAAGGAGACACUGCAGAGGACAGAGCCUCCAGUGGUGACGGUGAGCAGCCGGACGGAGGUGGAGGAUGGGAUGGAGACGCACAUCUGCCGCCUGGAUGGCUUCUACCCCAGGGACAUCGAUGCCUCCUGGAGGAAGGAUGGGGAGGAAUGGCUGGAAGAGUCCUUCCAUGGGUCUGUGGCCCCCAACGCAGAUGGGACCUACCACUACUGGCUCAGCGUCCGGAUCGACCCCAAAGAGAGGAGCUGCUAUCGUUGCCACGUGGAGCACGACGGCCUGCAGGAGCCUCUGGAGUUGGAGCUGAAGGAGACCCCAAAGGUGACGGUGAGCAGCCGGACGGAGGUGGAGGAUGGGAUGGAGACGCACGUCUGCCGCGUGGAUGGCUUCUACCCCAGGGACAUCGAUGCCUCCUGGAGGAGGGAUGGGGAGGAAUGGCUGGAAGAGACCUUCCAUGGGUCUGUAGCCCCCAAUGCGGAUGGGACCUACCACUACUGGCUCAGCAUCCGGAUCGACCCCAAAGAGAGGAGCCGCUAUCGGUGCCACGUGGAGCACGACGGCCUGCAGGAGCCUCUGGACUUGGAGCUGAAGGAGACCCCAAAGGUGACGGUGAGCAGCCGGACGGAGGUGGAGGACGGGAUGGAGAUGCACAUCUGCCGCGUGGAUGGCUUCUACCCCAGGGAGAUCGAUGCCUCCUGGAGGAGGGAUGGGGAGGUAUGGCUGGAAGAGACCUUCCAUGGGUCUGUGGCCCCCAACGCGGAUGGGACCUACCACUACUGGCUCAGCAUCCGGAUCGACCCCAAAGAGAGGAGCCGCUAUCGGUGCCACGUGGAGCACGACAGCCUGCAGGAGCCUCUGGACUUGGAGCUGAAGGAACCAAAAUCCAACCUGGGGCUCAUCAUCGGUUGCAUUGUGGUUACUCUUGUCCUGGUGUGUGCGAUUCUUGGGGUCCUGGUAUUGUUCAAGAGACGACGUCAAGAUGACUACAAAGCAGCACCAAGAAAUGACGGAGGAUCGAGCAGUUCAGACCAGGGAAGCAAAGAGUCCAUUUAGCAGCCCCCUCCCAGCGUUACUACAAUCCCAGCAUAAAGAAAAGAGAAGAGAAGAUUGGCCUUCUUCUGGAUUAGGCUGGAGCCUCAGGAGGAUCCCUUCAGGCCUUUCCGACAUACUGGGAACAGGAUAUAUGUUAGGUCUUUCAUCAUUGCUCUAAUCUUGAAUCAGUAACCUUUUUAUUAUGAACAGAGAAGAAAAUAGUAUGUGUUUAUAACUGUGGAAUCAAAAGGAUUCAAAUUGGUACCGUUUUGCUGAAAAUAAGACCUAACUGGAAAAUAAGACCUAGUAUGAUUUUUCAGGAUGCUUG